UAGGCGAAGGAAUAGAUAGAUGAACGGUUCAUAGCUGGAUGGAUGAAUCAUAGGAAAGAAGGAUGCAUUUACUAACAUUGAAUUUCAUUGUAUUUUUGCACUUCCUCAUUUGACUUAAUGUAGUGAACUUCACUGUUGAGGAAAUCAGAGGCCUUAUGGACAAGGUUACGAACAUUCGUAACAUGUCCGUCAUUGCUCACGUCGAUCACGGCAAGUCUACCUUGACCGACUCUUUGGUCUCCAAGUCCGGUAUUAUCUCCUCUGGUCGUGCUGGUGAAACUCGUUUCAUGGACACCCGUCAGGAUGAGCAAGAUCGUGGUAUUACUAUCAAGUCUACCGCUAUCUCUAUGUACUUCGAGAUGGAGAACCCUGAUGAUAUCUUGGAAAUCAAGAACCAGAAGACUGAUGGUCACUCUUUCUUGAUCAACUUGAUCGAUUCCCCUGGGCACGUUGAUUUCUCAUCUGAAGUCACUGCUGCUCUCCGUGUCACUGACGGUGCUCUCGUCGUCGUUGACUGUAUCGAAGGUGUCUGCGUCCAGACUGAGACUGUCUUGCGUCAGGCUUUGACCGAGCGUAUCAAGCCCGUUGUUGUCGUCAACAAGGUUGAUCGUGCUCUUCUCGAACUUCAACUCACCAAGGAGGAUUUGUACAACACCUUCCAACGUACCGUCGAAUCCGUCAACGUCAUCAUCGCCACCUAUGUCGAUCCCGUUCUCGGUGACUGCCAAGUCUACCCCGACAAGGGUACCGUUGCCUUCGCCUCCGGUCUUCACGGUUGGGGUUUCACCCUUCGUCAAUUCGCCGUCCGUUACUCCAAGAAGUUCGGUGUUGACAAGGAGAAGAUGAUGGUCAAGCUCUGGGGUGAGAACUACUUCAACCCCAAGACCAAGAAGUGGACCACCAAGAGCACUGAUGCCGAGGGUAAGCCCUUGGAACGUGCUUUCAACAUGUUCGUUUUGGACCCUAUCUUCAAGAUCUUCGACUCCGUCAUGAACUUCAAGAAGGACCAAACCGCCACUCUUCUCCAGAAGCUCGAGAUCAAGCUUGCUGCUGAUGAGAAGGAUCUUGAGGGUAAGCAACUUCUUAAGGUUGUUAUGCGCAAGUUCCUUCCCGCUGGUGAUGCUCUCCUUGAGAUGAUCUGUAUCCAUCUUCCUUCCCCCGUUACUGCUCAACGUUACCGUGUUGAGAACUUGUACGAAGGUCCUCUUGAUGAUGAGUGCGCUAUUGGUAUCCGUGACUGCAACCCCAACGGUCCCCUUAUGCUUUACGUCUCCAAGAUGGUUCCCACCUCCGAUAAGGGUCGUUUCUACGCUUUCGGUCGUGUCUUCUCUGGUACCGUCCGUUCCGGUCUUAAGGUCCGUAUCCAAGGUCCUAACUACGAACCCGGUUCCAAGAGCGAUCUUUUCGUCAAGUCUGUUCAACGUACCGUUCUUAUGAUGGGUCGUUACAUCGAAGCUCUUGAUGACUGCCCGGCUGGUAACAUUGUCGGUCUUGUCGGUGUUGAUCAGUUCUUGGUCAAGUCUGGUACCAUUACCACCUCCGAAACCGCUCACAACAUGAAGGUCAUGAAGUUCUCUGUCUCCCCUGUCGUCCAGUGCGCUGUCGAAGUCAAGAACGCCAACGAUUUGCCCAAGCUUGUCGAAGGUCUUAAGCGUCUCGCCAAGUCCGAUCCCUGUGUUCUUACCCUCACCUCCGACUCUGGUGAACACAUUGUCGCCGCUGCUGGUGAACUCCAUCUUGAAAUUUGUUUGAAGGAUCUUGAGGAAGAUCACGCUGGUGUUCCUCUUAAGUUCGGUGACCCGGUUGUCCAAUACCGUGAAACCGUCCAGGCCGAAUCUACCAUCGACUGUUUGUCCAAGUCCCCCAACAAGCACAACCGUAUCUACAUGCGCGGUAUGCCCCUUGAUGAGGAACUCUCCAACGAGAUCGAAGCUGGCAAGAUCGGACCCCGUGAUGAUUUCAAGAUCCGUGCCCGUGAGCUCGCUGAUAAGUACGGUUGGGAUGUCGCUGAAGCCCGUAAGAUCUGGUGUUUCGGUCCCGACACCUCUGGUCCUAACUUGUUGGUUGAUACCACCAAGGCCGUCCAGUACCUUAACGAAAUUAAGGAUUCUUGCGUUGCCGCUUUCCAAUGGGCUACCAAGGAAGGUCCCAUCGCUGAUGAGAACCUUCGUGGAUGCCGAUUCAACAUCUUGGAUGUUACUCUUCACGCUGAUGCUAUCCAUCGUGGUGGUGGUCAAAUCAUCCCCACCUGUCGUCGUGUUGUCUACGCUUCCGUUCUCACUGCCAGCCCUGGUAUCCAAGAACCCGUCUUCUUGGUCGAAAUCCAGUGCCCUGACUCUGCUAUCGGUGGUAUCUAUGGUGUUCUUAACCGUCGCCGUGGUCACGUCUUCUCUGAGGAGCAACGUCCCGGUACUCCUAUGAUCACUGUCAAGGCCUACCUUCCCGUCAACGAAUCUUUCGGUUUCUCCGCUGAUUUGCGUGCCGGUACCGCUGGUCAAGCCUUCCCUCAGUGCGUCUUCGACCAUUGGCAAUUGAUGAACGGCUCACCUGUCGAGCCCGGUAACAAGGUUUACGACAUCAUCCGUGCUGUCCGUAAGAGAAAGGGUCUUACUGAGGACAUUCCUGGCCUCGACCGUUACUACGAUAAGUUGUAAAUCGUGGACAUCCAAAUAUGAUAGUACUUCCUCUAUGGAUUUUCUUGUAGUUGUUUAACGCGAAAUGAUGGAAAAAAAAUACAGAUUCUAUUUUCUACUCUUUCGAUUGUUUUAAAAGAAAACAAAAAAAAUAUUUAUGACUCGAAUGUGUAUGAAUCUGAUAUUGUUAUGAAUUAAGACCGUGCCUUCAUUCAAAUGAAUGCGCAUAAAAUAAACAUACAUGACUUGUAGAAUUAAAAUAUAUAUAUAUACGUG